AUGGGUGUGUGGUACAUUGUGUUACUUUCCGUGAUAAUUCGAGUGGCGGCUACAGAUCAUCCCCCAAACAAUCCACCAUUCGCUUUGGAUGAGGCUAAUGUUGCGGCCGAAACACGAAUACUGGAGCGAGUGUCGCAUUUGUUACAAAGCUUGAGUGACAAAAUAAAAAUGUUGGACGAUCGAGUUGACAGUUUAUUACUUGCGCAAAAUGACACUAACAAAUCGUUGGGAAAAGUUUCGGAACAAUUGCAAAGCUUUUCAACGUCAUCUACACAGCGGAUGACCAAUCUAGAGCAGAAGCUAGAACGACUUCCUGAAGACACGGGGAUAUAUUACCUUCAACCGAAUACUGCCAUCAACAUAACAUUUGAAGUAUCGCGUGACUGGACAAAUAACCACGGAUUUGGUGGCAACUGGACUGUUUUCCAGCGACGGUUCAACGGUUCGGUCAAUUUCUAUCGCAACUGGACUGAAUACAAGCAGGGGUUCGGUGAUCUACGCGGCGAACACUGGUUGGGGUUAGAUAAGCUGCACGCGAUCGUGAAAACCCAUCGACAUGAGCUGCUCAUCGUGCUUGAAGACUUCGACGGUGUGAUUGCGUAUGCACAUUAUGAUGACUUUAAGAUUGGAGAUGAAAGUGAGAAAUACAUCAUAAAAUCAGUUGGCAAGUAUACUGGCACAGCGGGUGACUCGUUUAUCUACCACAAGGACGAAUUAUUUACAACAUACGAUCAGGAUAAUGAUGAUACUGAUUUUAACUGUGCUAAGUCGUUUGUUGGCGGGUGGUGGUAUUACAAGUGUUAUCAGAGCCAUUUGAAUGGAGAAUAUUUGAAAGGAAAAGUCGAUCGGCAAGCUGGUAUUAUCUGGUAUGGAUUUCGCGGACAUUAUUGUUCCUUGAAGAAGACGAAAAUGAUGGUUCGACGCGUUGCAUGAAAAUUUUACCUUAAAGCUACAUGGGGUUAAACCCGAGCAUUAAGUUAAUACGGAUGAAAUAAAAGUUUUUAAUUCAAUUCAAUUCAAAAUAACAAUGAUGUUAUAAAGGAAUUCGACUAACACGAAAAUCCGAGUUACGCGAAUGACUGCGGAAUGCAUUAUUCGCGUAACUCGGGAAAAGAU